UAUAAGGUCACGUCAAGCCUUUUACUGGUGCUGUCUUGAGUGAAAGUAAAACUUGCAUCUUUCAAGUAGCAUUCGGAGCCCUUGAGACACGCACCAUGUUAGCAGCGCUGUAUGUAGGCAUCGCUGUACUUGCGGUGGCUCAGUCUGCUGGUGGCUGUAAUGAAGUUGCUUUCGAGCCCAUCGGAUGUUAUCGAGACAGUGGUCGGAAGCCUCAGCCUCUUACCGAGCAGUUAUCGAACGACCGGAACGCAAUUGAUUGGAAUAAAUGGAACACGCUCAUGCCGGAGAUGGUCUGCCGCUGCGCAAAGAAAGCCUUGGACAGUGGUUAUGAUACUUUUGGCAUCCAGUUUUACGGUGAGUGCUGGAGCGGCCCUGAGAACUUGCUUGACAUCGAUCGCGAUGGCGUCUCUACUGACUGCAUCGGAAUAAACUAUGAAAAGUGCCCACCAGGAAACCGCACAUGUGUCGGAGUUAGUGGCUCUAACUUUAUCUACAAAAUACGUCAGCCGCAGUGCGCAGUUGAAAUUGAGCGAGUUGGCUGUUUCCACGACGACCAGAUACCACCCCGCCCACUGCCCUUGUACAUACUGAACGAGCGUGACCCGUCGGCCGAGUCGUAUAACGGCACGGAUGUGGACUGGAACAACUGGAACACGUACAUGCCGGGCUUCAUCUGUCGCUGCGCUUCACUCAGCAGACAGAGGGGAUACAAGAUAUUCAGCGUUCAGUUCUAUGCGGAGUGCUGGAGUGGCCCGGAUGCCAGGGAUACUUAUGACCGAAAUGGCGAGUCCUCACAAUGCGUCAGCAAGAACUACAAGCCUUGCAAGCCGGACGACAAGCACUGCGUGGGGAAGCAAUACACCAACUUCGUCUACAGGAUAGUUGAGCGCUGCGACAUUAGCUACACCCAGCUUGGCUGCUUUAAGGAUCGCCUUCAAGAGCCACGCCCCCUGCCAAUCAUGAUAUCUGAUGAGCACGACAGCUCAAGCCGCGCAUAUAACGGACACUUGAUCAACUUCAAGCGUUGGGACAGUCACAUCGAAGACAUGAUCUGCAGGUGCGCCAAGCGUUCGUUUGGGAACAAGUACAAGAUCUUCGGCUUGCAGUCCUACGGCCAAUGCUGGAGUGGCGAGGGAACGCGUACAUACCGCCGUGACGGGAGUUCUGAUCGCUGCAUCACAAAACAGUUCAAUGACUGUCCCCCGGGAGGGAAGCACUGCGCGGGCGAAGUUGCCGCCAACUACAUCUAUUACAUAACUAGCUGUAGCGUUAACUUUGAGCCUAUCGGAUGCUACCAUGACGACAUGAUCAUUCCCAGGCCCCUCCCAGAUCUGAUUCUUUCGGAGCGUGACUCAACGAGCCCCGUGUUCAAUGGCAAGCGUAUCGACUGGCUGCACUGGGACACGUACUUGCCGGAGUUCAUCUGUAGGUGCGCAGAGAGGGCCAAAGAGCUGAACAGAACAGUCAUUGGCAUGCAGUUCUACGGUGAAUGCUGGUCUGGCGUGAAUGGCGUGAAUACCUACAACCGCAACGGAAACUCGUCGAACUGCGUGGGUGCUGGCUUCCAGCCGUGUGAGCCAGGCUCCAAGGGGUGUAUCGGUACUCAGGAAACUAACUACGUGUACCGCAUACUGUGAGAAACAGGCGGUCGCCAUGGUAACCGCCACGUGAGCCGGGUUUCAAGAGUAGUGCAUACUGUCAAGGCCCGGGUUUGUUGUGGUAUUAACCGUGUGUAUAUAUGUAGGGUAUAACGUUGUAGACAUUUUAUAUAUACAAUUGAACGCCAAGAACUCGGAUACAGUAACUCAGACUCCUUGCUAGCUGCCUUGGGAGGUCGAGUUAUUACGGGGUCCCGCUGUUUAAAUGUGUUUAAUAAUAGAAUAUGGGAUUGGCAGAGAAGGAAUGAGGAAUGGCGGAACACGUACCAUUCUGUGUCUGGAAAAUGCGCAAGGAAGAAAAGAAACCCACCUUUUUUUCUUAAAAGUAUCUUUUGUUACGAUUUCUCACACAUUCUCUUAACACCUCGCAGAUACUGUAGAUAGCGACGAGACAGAACUACUUCUCCUCGUCGAUAACCAAGCCCAGUUAAGAAGGUUGUUCUUUAUUUAUUCAUUCUUGUCCAUAUUAUUCAUUUCAAAUAAAUCGCGCAAAUCAUUUUCGAAAAUUUAGACCCAUUUUGUAAAUUUUGUUUUUAGAAACACCUUGCACGCACUCUUUUCGAGUAUUUGGAAGUAGUUUUAGAGCUCAAUAAAGCCAAUAUCUAGAUCUA